AUUCAUGAAACUGCUAGAAUUUCAGGGCUCCUCUAGUAACAGAGUCUAUGUUCUCCCCGUGUUUAAAAUGGGUUGGUAUGGCAAAUCUCCAGAAACAAAGAGUGAAUUAGUUCAGAUGACGGCAGAAGGAAACAUCAUUUUGCCCAGUGGAACUGCUGAUUGCACACAGUGCAAUAUAUUUCCUAAUGCUCGAAAAUGGUUAGAAGUAAGGUCAGCCGACGAAACCUUAUCUGUGUAUUAUGUGAGCAAGGACAAAGAAGAAUUCGAAUCAUGGCAACCUUAUUACAUCUCCGCACGAAAUAUACCACCUUUUGAUGAAGAACAAAAUAAAGAAGGAAGAUUUGAUAGAAAAUUGCAGUUGUUAGAGCUAUGCCUGCAACAUUAUGAAUUUCACAUCUUGGACAAUGCAUUUUUAGUUGAAGUUCGACAAGAAGAUGAGCCUACAAAAGAUGUAAGUUUCCUGCAAAGUUUUGUGCAACACAAUAAUAUAGCCAGAGAGAAAAAACUGGAAGCUUUGCUGUGUCGCUACGGAUCAGAUACUGGAUGUUCAAUAUAAAUAAUCCACAUUCAGUAGAGAACAAUAAAAAUGACGAGGAUCAUAAAUUUACAUCAUAUGAGGCAGUGAGAAGCAAAGGCAUGUAAGUGACAAAAAUUAAAAAUUUCAAGAUAACCAGUACAAAUAGUAGGGGAACCUCUCCUCUGUUUUAGGGCAAGAGAUAGUACUAGCCCUGGUAGCUGCUGCACUACAACAUGAUUUCGAAAA